AUGGCAUCCUGGGCGGUGAUCUACGAGUUGUUCGCUGCCAUCUUCAGUAUGAUCCUAGACGUCGCACAGUUCUGGCAGCAGGUAGGCUAUUCAAUGUCUUCAGACGCAUGGUUAUUAUCCUGGUGGCAUACACAGUCUCCCCGAGACCGACUGCGCCAUGCGCUCGCUACUGCAACAACCUACGAGGAAUGGGAAGAAGCCGCCUUCGACCUAGACGAAAUCCUCAGUAAGGAUCUUUGGCGCCAGAACCCCACCAGCCGCCAUUACGAUUAUCGCUUGAUCCUGGGGAGAUUAGAGGCUCUCAUGAGUGCUCGCGAAGACGAGGAUAUCCUGACGCUGGUCAAUCUACUCCGAUCCGGACUGCUUCGCAAUCUAGGCAACAUCACAUCACCGAAGCUGUUCACACAGGCGUACGCGGGGACCAAGCUUCUGAUCGAUGACUAUAUCACCCAGGUGGCACUGUCCAUUCAGCAGGUGACGGCGCUUCCCACCGCCCCGGUCCACAUCAGUGGGUUCGGAGCGCAGGCGAAGCUCGAGCUGCUGCAUGACACUCGACAGGCCUUUGGACGGACAACGCUUCUGCUCCAAGGCGGAUCGAUCUUCGGGCUCUGUCACCUCGGCGUCGUCAAGGCUCUUCACCUGCGGGGCCUUCUGCCUCGGAUUAUCAUCGGGACCGCGACGGGCGCCCUGAUCGCCGCCCUGGUCGGGGUGCAUACGGAAGAUGAGCUGUUGACCUUCCUCGACAGCGAUGGCAUCGAUCUGAGCGCCUUCGAUCGGCGUCGGAAGACCAAAGACGCCUCCUCCGAAACUCAAUGGCUGCCGUUCGACGUCGGCGACAACUGGGCGGGGACCCUGUUCCGGCGCAUCAAGCGAUAUGUUCAGAAGGGCUACUUCCUUGACGCCGAAGUCUUGGAGGAAUGCGUGCGGGCCAACCUGGGAGACUUGACGUUCGAAGAAGCAUACGCCCGAUCGAAGCGCAUCCUCAACAUCACUGUCGCGACGUCGAACACCAACGCCACGCCGAAUCUCCUCAACUAUCUCACCGCACCAAACGUGCUCAUCUGGUCCGCCGCCGUAGCCUCCAACGCCUCCAACACCCCCCUCUACCGCCCCGUCACCAUCUACUGCAAGGACGAGACGGGCUCGAUCGUCCCCUGGCCGCACUCGCAGGACGCGACCUUCGCCUCCUGGCGCCACGUGCAGUACAGCGAGGGCGAGUCGCCGCUCUCGCGGAUCGCCGAGCUGUUCAACGUCAACCACUUCAUCGUCUCGCAGGCGCGGCCCUACCUCAUCCCGUUCCUCCGCUCCGACGGCGGCACCCUCCUCAUCCGCCGGCCCGGCGACCACCCCAACCCCCCGAUCCGCUACUUCACCCGCCUCGUCCUGGGCGAGGUGCGCCACCGCCUCCGCCAGCUCGACUACAUGGGCCUCCUUCCCACGCCGCUGGCCCGCCUGCUCCUCGAGGAAUCCAUCCCUGGCCCCAGCAUCACCCUCGUCCCCGACCUGACCCUCCGCGACUUCACCAAGAUCUUCGAGAACCCCAGCAAGGAGAGCCUGGCGCACUGGUCGCGCAAGGGCGAGCGCGGCGUCUGGCCCGCCGUGAGCGCCUUGAAGGUCCGUUGCGUCAUCGAGAUCGAGCUGGACAAAGGGUACCAGGUCGUGCGGCGGCGGAGACCAGCGGAGAUGCUUGGCGGUGGUGGGAGCGGAAGUGGGAGUGGGAGCGGGAGUGCGACGACAACCAUCCUGCGUAGACCUUCGGUCCCGAACGAGGGCCAGCCCCGGCGACGGCGCGGGAACAGCAACAGUAUCGAUUCCGGCCACGAGAACUCGGCGACGAGUUUAGGAGUCGGGGAACUGGAUUACCAGGAUGAUUUGACUUAUUAG